AUGGCUAAAGUAUCGUGUGACUACGGUUAUCAACCAAAUCUCCCUACUAUCAAUUGUAUAACCUCGGAUGAAUGGGAAAACGCAACGUGCGAUCCUAAAGACUGUGGUUCAUUGUCUAGUAUCGCGGAUGGAACAGUUUCAGUACCAGUGACAACGCACGGAGCUACGGCUACAUACACUUGUAAUUUUGACUAUGCCCUAACAGAAGGUGACUCUACACGGUCGUGUGACACGGGAACUUGGACUGGAAUAGAGCCUACUUGUACACCUAUACCAAACAGAGGAUGCUACGUUGUUGGUUAUGCAUACUUGUAUCAAGGAACCCGUCAAACUACCAGCGACGGCAUCAUUUGUCAAAGGUGGGAUUCACAAAGCCCACAUGGUCACAAUAGAAAUGACCCAGCUGCGUUUCCAGACAUCAGUGCCAGUGCGGCUGCAAACUACUGCCGGGAUCCAGAUGGGACAGGUGCUCCUUGGUGUUACACAGUGGAUUCAAAUAUUAGGUAG